UUGAAGGGUUGAGAAGGGCUACAAUGUCUUCUAAGUCGACAGACCAAACUAACUGUUCCCGGAGCAGUUCUAUUCGAUCUAGACCCAGUUCUCGAGUGAGUUCACAGAUAUGUGCUGAUGCAAAGCUACAUGUAAACUUCGAAGAAUCCCAUCGAUUGUUUGAUUAUUCUGCUUCAGUUGACUUGAACAUGCCUAGUUCGACUAGCAAUGUUUCUCCUUCAACUAUCUCAGCUUACCUGCAGAAUAUUCAGAGAGGGAUGUUGAUCCAGCCUUUUGGCUGCUUGAUUGCUGUCGACGAGAAAAACCUCACAGUGAUUGCAUAUAGUGAAAAUGCCCAAGAUAUGUUGGGUUUGACACCACACACAGUGCCAAGCAUGGAACAACAGGAAGCUCUGACUUUUGGAACAGAUGUCCGGACGCUGUUUCAGUCCCCGGGUUCUGCUUCCUUGCAGAAAGUUGUUGACUUUGAUGAUAUUAGUCUUCUAAACCCGAUGCAGCUUCAUUGCAGGACCUCAGGGAAGCCUUUUUACGCUAUUCUGCAUAGAAUUGAUGUGGGUCUGGUUAUAGACUUAGAACCCGUGAGUCCGGUUGAUGUGCCCGUGACUUCUGCCGGGGCAUUGAAGUCUUAUAAGCUUGCAGCCAAAGCCAUUUCAAGAUUGCAAUCUUUACCUACUGGUAAUAUGUCGUUGCUAUGUGAUGUUCUGGUAAAGGAAGUUAGAGAAUUAACCGGUUAUGAUCGGGUGAUGGUGUAUAGAUUCCAUGAAGAUGAGCACGGGGAAGUGAUUGCCGAAUGCUGCAGGCCUGACUUGGAGCCUUAUCUUGGGUUGCAUUACUCGGCCACUGAUAUACCCCAAGCCUCGAGGUUUCUCUUCAUGAGUAACAAGGUUAGAAUGAUAUGUGAUUGUUCAGCAGUACCAGUUAAGGUAGUUCAGGCGAAGGAACUGUCACAGCCGAUAAGUCUUUGCGGAUCUACUUUGAGAGCUCCUCAUGGGUGUCAUGCACAGUACAUGAGUAAUAUGGGUUCAGUGGCAUCUCUUGUUAUGUCCGUGACGAUCAACGGGAAUGAUAAUGACGAGAUGAACGUCGAUCAAUAUCAACAGACAGGGAGAAGAUUAUGGGGCUUAGUGGUUUGCCAUCACACAACUCCUCGGUUCGUGCCAUUUCCUUUAAGGUAUGCUUGUGAAUUCUUGAUUCAGAUAUUCAGUGUUCAGAUCAACAAAGAGGUGGAAUCAGCUUCUCUCUUGAAGGAGAAGCGGAUUCUGCAAACUCAGAACAUGCUCUGUGACAUGCUUCUUCGUGAUGCUCCCACGGGUAUCGUUACUCAGUCUCCUAAUAUAAUGGACCUCGUCAAGUGUGACGGAGCCGCCCUUUAUCACCGAGAGAAGUUCUGGUUGCUAGGGUUAACUCCUACGGAGCCACAGAUUAGAGAUUUAAUUGGAUGGGUUCUCGAGUAUCAUGGUGGAACCGCUGGUUUGACCACCGAUAGCCUAAUGGAGUCGGGCUAUCCCGGUGCUUCUGUUCUCGGGGAAUCUGUUUGCGGAAUGGUUGCUGCAAAUAUAACUUCGAACGAUUUCCUUUUCUGGUUCCGGUCUGGCACUGCGAGAAAGAUCAACUGGGGUGGCGCAAAACAUGAUCCCAAUGACAAAGACGGUAAAAAGAUGCAUCCUAGAUCGUCGUUCAAGGCAUUUAUGGAAGUAGUUAGAUGGAAAAGCGUGCCGUGGGAUGAUAUGGAACUCGAUGCAAUUCAUUCUCUUAAGCUGAUACUUAAAGGGUCAUUGCAAGAGGAGACUCUGGAUAAUUCGAAGCCGGUCGUGGAUAACAGGGUUCAGAAGGUGGAUGAAUUGUGUGUUGUCGUGAACGAGAUGGUCCGUCUGAUCGAUACGGCUGCUGUCCCGAUCUUUGCCGUUGAUGCCUGUGGUGUGAUAAAUGGAUGGAAUUCGAAAGCGGCCGAGUUAACGGGUCUCGUAGUCGAGCAAGCAAUAGGCAAACCUUUAUGCGAUCUCGUUGAAGCAGAUUCAGCUGACACCAUCAAGAACAUGUUGGCCUUGGCUCUUGAAGGUAAAGAAGAACGGGAUGUGGAGAUUAAAAUCAGAUCAUUUGGUCCUAAAAGGAAAAGCAGUCCUACUGUUUUGGUAAUUAACGCGUGCUGUAGCAGAGACGUGACAGAAAAUGUUCAUGGCGUAUGCUUUGUCGGCCAAGAUGUUACUGGGCAGAGGACGCUCGUAGAAAAAUACAGCCGUGUCCAAGGGGAUUACACCAGAAUCAUGUGGAGCCCUUCGGCUCUCAUCCCUCCUAUAUUCAUGACAAAUGAGAACGGGUUAUGCUUAGAGUGGAGCGGCGCAAUGCAGAAAUUGUCAGGUCUGAACAGAGAGGAAGCCGUGGGCAAAAUGCUUCUCGGGGAAGUAUUCACCUUGAAUAGUUAUGGGUGCCGUCUUAAGGACGAUGACACAUCGAUCGAACUAAGAAUAAUGUUAAAUGCUGUGAUUUCUGGGCAGGACUCCGAGAAGCUUUUCUUCGGCUUCUAUGACCGUAAAGAUAACUUUGUCGAGGCAUUACUCUCUGCAAGCAAAAGGACUGAUACUGAGGGAAAGGUUAACGGGGUAUUGUGUUUUUUGCAAGUACCUAGUCCGGAACUCCAGAACGCUCUCCGGCUUCAGCGGAAAUCAGAGCAGGCGACUGCCAGUGCCCUCAAUAAGUUAGCGUAUCUUCGUCAAGAAGUGAAACCCCCCCUAAAUGCAAUAUCUUUCAUUCAAGAGUUACUACAUUCAUCGGGUUUAGACGGAGAGAGAAGGCAGUUACAGAGAACCGGGGUUUUGUGUCGGGAGCAGUUAACCAAAAUCAUAGGCGAUUCAGACAUCAAGGGCAUCGAGGAGGGCUAUGCAGAACUGGGUUGCAGUGAAUUCAACCUCGAGGAAGCCCUAGACGCUGUGGUGAAACAAGUGACGGUUCUUAGCGAAGAAAGAAAAAAAACAAGCUAAGAGCGUCAAGUGCAGAUCGUUUCCGAUUUCCCUCGGGAAGUUUCCUCGAUGCAGUUGUACGGAGACAGCUCGAGGCUUCAACAAGUCCUCUCGGAGACGCUCUCGAGUGCCUUACGUUUCACCCCUGCCUUGGAGGGAUCAUCCAUCUCGUUCAAGGUAUCUCCAUGGAAGGAACGUAUAGGGAAAAGAAUGCAAAUGGCUCAUCUCGAGUUCAGGAUCACCCACCCGGCACCAGGACUACCGGAAGAUCUGGUCAGGGAGAUGUUUCAGCCGAGGCACGCGUUUUCGAGGGAAGGUCUGGGAUUAUACAUCGCCCAGAAACUCGUGACACUAAUGAACGGAAAUUUGAGGUACCUCCGAGAGUCCGAAGCUUCGGCCUUUAUAAUCCUCACGGAAUUUCCCUUGCUUCAACAGAGCCGCCAUUAACAGAACAGAACUAAUCAGCAGUUGUCCGGGUAGUGUUAGUGUGUGUGUAUAGUUCUUGGGCACAGUUUGAAGCUGAAACAGGGAAAGUCACGUCACCUUUAAAUAAGAUAUCUGGCAAAUGUUUGCCAAGAACAUUGAUUCAAUUAUUUUGAGAUUCAGAAUUCAGUAACCAUCAUUGAAUAAUAGUGACGUUUCACUGAGUUUGAUCA